UAUUGCAGCAAGCUUUGAAUUGUCCGAACGAGACCUGCCUUUUUGGAUUUUUGAGGUCUUCGGGUGGUUGGAAAGAUAGAUCCCCGAAAGUCUACGUGACUAUGAGCGAUGUUUCCUUGCGGAUUCGAAUUCUCAUAGCUUUAGGUUUUGGGUGAUGAGUUCUAUUUCUUUCUAAGCACUGGUAUGGAUUGGCAUGGCAAUAGCAGUUGUAUCUUCGUUGAUUCUGAUGGGUGAUGGAAAUUGAGUUCAAGUGAAGCUAGUUUUCAGGGUUUAGUAUUUUAUGGAAAAGAAAGGGUUACUCAUGCAAGUGACCAUGAAUAACAGAGCUGUGGCUGCGCUCCUUCAUGUAUUUAUUUGCUUCUUGUUGAGUAUUAGUACAGGCUAUGGUACCGCAACUGAUAUUUAUUGCUUGAGGACUCUAAAAGACUCGGUGGAAGACCCUUUAAACUACCUAAACUCGUCAUGGCUUUUUAACAAUAAUACAGAGGGGUACAUCUGCAAAUUUACUGGCAUCGAGUGCUGGCACCCUGAUGAGAAUAGAGUCUUAAACAUCAGGCUCUCAGACAUGGGGUUGAAGGGCCAGUUCCCUCGGGGUAUUGAGAACUGCACUAGCUUGACAGGUUUAGAUCUUUCUAGCAACAAUUUCACUGGAUCCAUUCCAUCGGACAUCUCUAAAAGGCUUCCGUAUGUGACAUCUCUUGAUCUCUCUUCAAAUGGCUUCACUGGUGAGAUCCCACUGAGCUUGGUAAACUGUACCUAUCUGAAUAUCCUGAAACUUGACAACAACCGAUUAACUGGUCAGAUCCCUCUGCAACUUGGCCUGCUCACUCGGAUAAAGACAUUUACUGUUACAAAUAAUCAGUUGUCUGGGCAAGUUCCCACCUUUGUCAAUGCUACAAUUACAGCAGAUAGCUAUGCAAAUAAUCUAGGACUGUGUGGGAAACCUUUGGAUCCUUGCAAGGCGAUCCAGAGUAAAUCUCAGGGUGCAGUAGUUGUUGGAUCGACAAUUGCUGGGGUGGCUGUUACAUUGUUUGUUGUUGGAGUUGCCCUUUUCUUCUGGUCGCGUAAAGUGUCCAUUAAGAAGAAAGAUGAUGACCCUGAUGGAAACAAGUGGGCCAGGAGUUUAAAGGGAAUCAAAGGCAUCAAGGUUUCCAUGUUCGAGAGGUCAGUUUCGAAAAUGAGGUUGAAUGAUCUGAUGAAGGCUACUAACAAUUUCAGCAAAGAUAAUAUCAUUGGGUCUGGAAGAACAGGGACAAUGUACAAGGCAGUGCUCCCAGAUGGCUCUGCCCUAAUGGUUAAGAGGUUGCAAGACUCUCAACGCUCUGAGAAAGAGUUUAUUUCUGAGAUGACUACUCUGGGGAAUGUAAAACAACGUAACUUGGUUCCACUCAUGGGUUUUUGUGUGGCAAAGAAGGAGAAGCUUCUGGUUUAUAAGCAUAUGUCAAAUGGGACCCUCUAUGAUCGUCUACAUGCCGUGGGACCUGAGGGAAGGGCUAUGGACUGGCCCCUAAGGCUUAGAAUUGCGAUAGGGGCUGCCAGAGGUCUAGCAUGGCUCCAUCAUAGCUGCAAUCCCCGCAUUAUACAUCGAAACAUAAGCUCAAAGUGCAUCUUAUUGGAUCAGGAUUUUGAGCCAAAAAUAUCUGAUUUUGGGCUAGCUAGACUCAUGAAUCCAAUUGACACUCACUUGAGCACUUUUGUGAAUGGGGAGUUUGGGGACUUGGGCUAUGUUGCUCCAGAAUACCCGCGGACACUUGUUGCUACUCCUAAGGGGGAUGUUUUCAGUUUUGGAACUGUUCUUCUUGAAUUGGUUACUGGUGAGAAACCUACCCAUGUUGCUAAUGCCCCUGAAAGCUUCAAAGGGAAUUUGGCGGAGUGGGUUACACAGCUGUCCUAUAACUCUAAUCUCCAGGAUGCCAUUGAUAAAUCAUUGGUUAGGAAGGGUUUUGAUGGUGAGCUUUUCCAGUUUCUUAAAGUUGGACGCAAUUGUGUCCUGCCAACUCCCAAGGAAAGACCUACAAUGUUUGAAGUGUACCAGCUUCUUAGAGCUAUUGGUGAGAGAUACAAUUUCACAGUUGAUGAUGAGAUUUGGGUGCCAUCUGACACGAGUAAUGUUGAUUACCCUGACGAGCUUAUUGUCGCUAUGGAAAUGAAAGAGCUACACUGAGAAGGUACGAUAAAGUAAAAUGUAAUUCUAGACGCCAAAUGGAAACUCCAUAAUCAAUGCAUAAUUUCCUUGGUGUAGCUUUUCAACAGAAUGCUUGCUCCUUAUGUUUAUAGAGUUUUAAAUAUUGCUUUUAGCCUUCUGAAGUUGGAAGCUUACUUGUAUAUUUUCUAAUUAUCCAGCGGCCUCAAGAGAUUAUUCACUCUCUUCUCGACUUGUAUAUCUUGUCCCAUUAUGUCUUUCUGUUUAAGGGAUACCUAUAAGAAUCGUAGAGAGGUAGUCUCUUUCCU